CAGCUGUGCUUUCACCAAGUCUUGGACAAGCCUCACUCUCCUGCCCCUCUCCCCCACUCCCCAAUUCCUACAUCCCUCUACGAAUUCAAUCAGACAACGCCGACAUCUUCGAUGCUGUCUCAACCUACGACUCGAUUUCCACUACUCCGUUAAAUCCUCCUUUCGCCAACCGGCCGGCCGCCGGCACCCCCGACAACAUGGAGAACGCCUACGUUCGCUCCACCCAAGAAAUCCUCCGGCAUUUCAACGUCGUCGAGAAGACUGGACUCUCACACAAGUCUGUCACUGCCGCACGAGAGAAAUACGGCCGAAAUGCGAUCCCUGAAGAUCCACCAACACCGCUCUGGGAGCUGAUCUUGGAGCAAUUCAAGGAUCAGCUCGUCAUCAUCCUCCUCGCCUCCGCCGCCAUCUCCUUCGUCCUGGCCUUGUUUGAAGAAGACGAGGGCUGGACCGCUUUCGUCGAUCCCGUCGUCAUCUUGACGAUCCUCAUUCUUAACGCUAUUGUGGGUGUGAGCCAAGAGAGCUCGGCAGAGAAGGCGAUCGCCGCACUGCAAGAGUAUUCGGCGAACAAAGCGAAAGUCCUGCGGGAUGGCAUGAUCAGCGAGGUCAAGGCUGAAGAGCUGGUGCCUGGAGAUAUCGUCCAUGUUGCAGUCGGCGACAGGAUACCGGCGGAUUGUAGGCUCUUGAGCGUCCAGAGCAACAGCUUCAACGUCGACCAGUCUAUCCUGACCGGCGAGAGCGAGAGCGUGGGGAAGGAGACGCAUGCCAUCAAGGACGAGCAGGCCGUGAAGCAGGACCAGAUCAACAUCUUGUUCUCCGGCACGACCGUCGUUACUGGCCACGCUCAUGCCGUCGUCGUGUUAACCGGACCAAACACUGCAAUCGGAGACAUCCACGAAUCCAUCACCGCGCAGAUCUCGCAGCCCACCCCGCUCAAGGAAAAGCUGAACGAUUUUGGCGACAUGUUGGCCAAAGUCAUCAGCGGUAUCUGCAUCCUCGUCUGGCUGAUUAACAUUCAACACUUCAACGACCCCUCCCAUGGCAAUUCUUGGACAAAGGGCGCCAUCUACUACCUGAAGAUCGCCGUCUCGCUCGGUGUCGCUGCCAUUCCCGAGGGCCUAGCAGUCGUCAUCACCACUUGUCUGGCGUUGGGCACGAGAAAGAUGGCGGCAAAGAACGCCAUUGUCCGCUCUCUUCCCUCCGUGGAGACGCUCGGAAGCUGCAGCGUCAUCUGCUCCGACAAGACUGGCACCCUCACCACCAAUCAGAUGAGCGUCAGCAAGGUCGUCUACAUCAACGAAGCCGGCAACGACCUCGACGAGCUGGACAUCCAAGGCACUAGCUUUGCUCCGGAUGGCGAGGUCUUGAAGAACGGCAAGCCCGCGACCAAUCUCGCGGUGUCGUCCAGCACCGUGGCGCAGAUGAUCCAAGUUGCCGCCAUUUGUAACGACGCUCAGCUGUCUUGGGAUGACAAGAACAAGACGUAUCACAGCGUUGGCGAACCAACAGAAGGCGCAUUGAGAGUGCUGGUGGAGAAGAUUGGGUCUACCGACUCUGCACGCAACGCCAGACGCUCGUCCCUCCAUCCCGAGGAGAAGCUGCACUUCAUGAGUCAGGCCUACGAAGACAAAGCCCCGAAAUUGAGAACCUUUGAGUUCUCCCGCGACCGGAAGAGCAUGUCUGUCCUCGUCUCCAACAACGACAAGUCGAAGCAGCUUCUGGUCAAGGGCGCCCCGGAAUCUGUCAUCGACCGCUGUACUCACUGCUUAACUGGCAGCAAUGGAAAGCGAGUCCCACUGAGUGACAAAUUGAAAUCGCUCCUCGAGGAUGAAGUCGUACAGUACGGCAAGCUUGGGCUUCGCGUGAUAGCACUCGCGAGCAUCGACAACGUCACCUCGCAACUGGCCACGACUGCCAAGACCAACAGAGAAUAUGCCCAAGUCGAGCAGGGCAUGACUCUGCUCGGUCUUGUUGGCAUGCUCGAUCCGCCGCGUCCAGAAGUGGCAUUGAGCAUUCGUCAAUGCCGUGAGGCUGGUAUUCGUGUUGUGGUCAUCACCGGCGACAACCAAAACACCGCCGAAACGAUCUGCCGGCAAAUUGGAGUCUUCGGCGAGGACGAGGAUCUUACUGGCAAGAGCUACACCGGACGGCAGUUUGAGAGUCUCAGCGAGAAGGACAAGCUAAAGGCUGCGCAGACUGCGUCGUUAUUCUCGCGUACCGAACCUGGCCACAAAUCGAAGUUGGUCGAUCUCCUGCAAUCCGCUGGAGAGGUUGUGGCCAUGACGGGAGAUGGUGUCAAUGAUGCUCCCGCAUUGAAGAAGAGCGACAUUGGCGUUGCUAUGGGCACUGGUACCGAUGUUGCCAAGUUGGCUGCAGACAUGGUUCUCGCCGACGACAACUUCGCCACGAUUGAGAGCGCCGUUGAAGAAGGUCGCAGCAUCUACAACAACACCCAGCAAUUCAUCCGGUACUUGAUCUCCUCGAACAUCGGCGAAGUGGUGUCGAUCUUCUUGACUGCCGCCCUCGGCAUGCCGGAGGCUCUGAUCCCCGUGCAACUCCUUUGGGUGAACCUGGUUACUGAUGGUCUUCCCGCCACUGCUCUGAGUUUCAAUCCCAAGGAUCACGAUGUGAUGAAACGACCACCGAGGAAGCGGGACGAGAAGCUCGUCGGCGGCUGGCUCUUCUUCCGUUACAUGGUCAUUGGCAUUUAUGUCGGCCUGGCGACUGUGGGAGGAUAUGCGUGGUGGUUCAUGUUCUACGAAGGUGGCCCUCAGAUCACCUUCUGGCAUUUGACGCACUUUCAUCGCUGCAAGUCCGCCUUCCCCGAGAUCGGCUGUGCCAUGUUCUCCAACGACUCCGCCAAAGCCGCCUCGACCGUGUCGCUCUCGAUCCUUGUGGUGAUUGAGAUGCUCAACGCGAUGAACGCCCUCUCCUCCUCCGAAUCACUCCUCACCCUGCCUCUCUGGAAGAACAUGAUGCUGGUCUACGCCAUCACCUUGUCGAUGGCGCUUCACUUCGGCCUUCUCUACACCCCAAUCCUCCAGACCAUCUUCGGCAUUGUCCCGCUGAACUGGGACGAAUGGCAGAUUGUGCUGGGCUGGAGCGCACCCAUCAUCCUGAUUGAUGAGGCGCUGAAGUACGUGGAACGAGGCUGGUUCUUGCCGGUGACGGAGGCGGCGAAGAUGCACCAAAAGAAGAUCGACUGAUUGUAUCGGCUGGCCUACUCUAUGUAUACGCUGUCAUAGACCCAUCUAGAAUUAGACACCCUA